AUGAAGGUCAGCUCUACGCAAACAGAUCCGCCAGAAUCAACUCAUUUAGAGAUGAGGGUCAGUUCUACACAAACAGAUCCGCUCCAAUCAUCUCACAUACAGACGAAGGUCGGCUUUACACAAACAGAUCAGCUCGAAUCAUCUAAUAUAGAGAUGAAGGUUAGCCACACACAAAAAGACUUUCCUGAAUCUAUUCCACAAAAAAAAGGCAGCCCGCCUCCAAUAGUGAUUCCUUCAAUUCAGUUGCAUCCUCCUAUAUCGUCGCCUGGUACCCCUAACGAGCGUUUACUCCCUCAACAGUUUCGAGAUGCUGGUCUUCAGGUUUGUAUCCCACUAGCAAUAGCAGCAAGAUCGAUUUCCGUGCAAACAGAAGAAAUAAGGAUAGACAAACGUGUCAAUUUUAAUCCUAAUCAUGCUAAACCUGUGAGCGGUAUAAGUUCUCCUCCAAUCCAAACGCACUCGAGUCAAUUUAUCUUGAACUCACCUAAACCUCCCAUCCGAAGUCAUCACCGCACGACUGGAAAUAUUUUAUCAAAAUCAGAGCUAAAACCACACCAUCCCGAGCCGUCAAACAGCUCUUGUGAAAAUCACCAUGAGACACACUCGGGUGAAAAACUGGAUAAUAUCAACCACAGUGAUAGGCAUAGUAAGCUUCCUUACUCCACAGUGAACUGCCGUGGAGAUCAGAUUUGUGAGAAGGACAUGGCGCAGAAAAAUAAUCAAAUUCAUGAAGUAGCCAAAGUUACUGAAUCUCUCGCUGUCAAAAAGCCGGAUGUUGAUAGUAUAGCUAAGCAUCUCGAUGAAACAAUAUGUACGAAUUACCUCGGGAAUCCUUCAGUACCUAGCUCCGAAAUCAAAAUUUAUGACAAUAGAUAUCACUCUAACCUUUCCCAAUCAGACUUGUCUAUCCAAAGUAUUCGUUCCCGUUCACCAAGUCUGACUGGGCUACUUGCAGAACCACCAUUUCCCAUUCCUGCACGGCAAAGCUCUCGACGGUUAUGUGUUGCGUCUCCAACCCUUGACCGAGAUAACUUUGAACGUCUUGAUAGGACGCGCCAGAGCAGAAGCCAUCUUAGGAUUGGUAGCAUUCGUAGAGUUCAAUCAGCUGCCGCAAUACCCAGGGCCACCGAUUAUAUUGGAGAGAGUAACUCGCUGGGGGUACCGCAACCAAUUUCAAGAUCUACAUCAGAUUUUAAGAGCCCAUUGAUGCCACCAAUACCCCACGAUGAAAUGCAUGCAUCCCGACUGGGUAACAGCGUGCGUUAUGCAUCUCAUAACCAGGAAAGCUUAUCAAGAAAUACUAGCAGGAGCUUUGACUCCAUUGACAGUGGAGUUGCCAACUCAAAUAAGCCAAUUUCCGUGGUUGGUGCCAUAGCUCAAACCAUGGUUGGUGAGUGGAUGUAUAAGUAUGUUCGUCGUAAGUCAAUGGGAGUCAAUGAACCAAAUCUUGUUUCUGAUUGUUCUAAUGGGAUACGACAUAAGAGAUGGGUUUGGCUGGCACCAUAUGAACGUGCAGUUAUGUGGAGCUCAAGACAGCCUGUAUCAGGGCCAGCACUGAUGGGGAAGAGCGGAAGGAAAUGUAGGUCUAUGAUAAUUCAAUCAGUCCUAGAUGUUAAAGAUGGAAAUAACAGCACAAAGGGAAUAACUCUUUUCAAUCGCUCUAUCCUUAUUCUCACUCCGACUCGGGCUCUUAAAUUUACAGCUACUACUAAGGAGCGCCACUACAUAUGGUUGACUGCACUUUCAUUUCUGGCUGACUCACAAUCAGCUCCCGGAAGCAUUUCUCUAGCACCGGUACAUACUACGUCCACGCAACCUACUAGGCUCGAAACGUCUCCUCAAAUGCAACGUCGUAAAGCGAGGAUACGGGACUCUAUCCGUGUUGCCAAAAGUAAAUCGGCUGUUACAUCUAGAUCAGGUGUAGCUUCUACUCUUGCUCAUCAGGCUUCAGAGUUUGCGUCCCGUGAAAAUCUUAGCGACGAUUCUAUUGCCGCUGAUGCACCAAUAGUUCCAAGGUUUUCUGAUCGUUCUGCCUCACAGUUUGCUGUGACAAAUACCGUUAACUCCUUCAGAUCUCAUCAUCGCAAGCGCUCUAAUACUGGUCCACUUACCCUAAACAAAUCCACUUACCGGAGUUUUAAACCCUCUGGCAAUGGUACUCACGAUAUCUCGACUUCACUUGUUUCUCCAGACGAAAAAAAUAUAUACUCGUACCGAGCCAGAUAUCCACCUCUUGAGCCUUCACAGCCCGCAUGGGCGAACUCUUUGCAACUUGCACAUAACCAACAUAAUGAGCAAGUCUUCUCAUUAAGCAAUGUAGAUCCCAAGACUUCAACGAGUACAAACCGUAGCUCCCCCGAUGCCUUUGGUACCGUACGAAUGGAAGCCUUCAUUAAUCCAAAUGCAAAAUCUGCAAUUCGAUGUGGUAAUGAACGAAACGAUAGCUGGCAGACCGAAAAUCUCAAUUAUCGGAAGAUGGUCGAAGAAUCAUUUUCAUUGGGCUUGAGACGAGGUAAAGAAGGUCAGGAGAAUAAAAUCCUCAAGAAUUUUGAUCGAAAUUUCGAUGGUAGCCAUAUUAGCAACAAAGAUUUACUUGAGACUCGUUAUCUUGAGACUCAUCGAAUGGAUGCUGGUGGGGACAGCUGGGAUAAUUUUUGA